CUUUUGGGUUGGGGACGACUUUGUGGGGAGCCUAGCUGCUGCUGAGCGUUUACCGCGGGAGCCGUUAGAGGUCUGGAGGAACCAUUUGUCUUUUAAUGAUCCCUGAAAAGACAAAUCAAGGGGUGAAUUUAAAAAAAAAGCUUUCAGCUUAUGUGGAGAAGUCUCUGUGAAGCCACCUAUAAAUCCAUUUACUGAAUUUAUGGAGAAGGCUGUAAAUGAUGGAAGUCAUUCUGAAGAACUCUUUUCCCAUCUUAAAACUAUAUCAGAGAAAGAAGAUUUACCACGGUGUACCAGUGAAAGUCAUCUCAGCUGCCUGAAGCAGGACAUUCUAAAUGAAAAGACUGAAUUGGAAGCAACACUUAAGGAAGCGGAGUUGGUAACUCGUUCUAUAGAAUUGCUUUUGCCACUAUUUAAGGACACCAUUGAAAAGAUUAAUUUUGAAAAUGUGAAUCUUUCUGCAUCGAAUUUGAAGAUUUCCGAACAGAAGGAAAUAUUAACAAAAGAAUUAGACACCUUCAAAAGUGUAAAACUAGCUUUAGAACAUCUUCUUAGAAAGAGAGACUACAAACAAACAGGAGACAAUUUACCCAGCAUGUUGCUAGAAAAUCUAACUGAUAAUGAAAGUGAAAAUACUAAUCUUAAGAAGAAGGUAUUUGAAAAGGAGGCCCACAUCCAAGAACUUUCUUGUUUGUUUCAGAGUGAAAAGACAAACACUUUGAAAGCAAACCGUUUUUCCCAAUCAGUAAAAGUAGUACAUGAACGACUACAGAUUCAAAUUCAUAAAAAGGAAGCUGAGAACGAUAAGUUGAAAGAAUAUGUAAAGAGCUUAGAAACCAAGAUAGCCAAGUGGAACCUGCAACUGAGAAUGAAUAAGAAUGAGGCUAUAGUGAUGAAAGAAGCAAGUAGGCAAAAAACUGUAGCUUUAAAAAAGGCAUCUAAAGUUUACAAACAAAGGCUUGACCAUUUUACAGGAGCUAUUGAAAAGCUUACUUCCCAAAUUAGAGAUCAGGAAGCCAAGUUGUCUGAAACAAUUUCAGCUUCCAAUGCCUGGAAAAGUCAUUAUGAGAAAAUUGUAAUAGAAAAAACUGAAUUGGAAGUACAGAUUGAAACAAUGAAAAAGCAAAUCAUUAAUCUUUUGGAAGAUCUGAAGAAAAUGGAAGACCAUGGAAAAAAUUCAUGUGAAGAAAUUCUUAGAAAAGUUCAUUCAAUUGAAUAUGAAAAUGAAACUCUGAAUCUUGAGAAUACAAAAUUAAAGACUACACUUGCUGCUUUGAAGGAUGAAGUUGUCUCUGUUGAAAAUGAACUGUUAGAAUUGCAAGAAGUAGAAAAAAAACAGAAAACCCUUAUUGAAAUGUAUAAAACUCAGGUACAAAAGUUGCAAGAAGCAGCUGAAAUAGUAAAAAGCAGAUGCGAAAAUUUGCUACAUAAAAAUAACCAAAUAACAAAAACCAAAAAUAAAAAUGUAGCGAAGAUGAGAGGCCAGAUGGAGUCUCAUCUGAAGGAGUUAGAGCGUGUCUGCGAUUCCUUGACGGCGGCGGAACGGAGGCUUCACGAGUGUCAGGAGAGUCUGCAGUGCUGCAAGGGGAAGUGUGCAGACCAGGAACAUACCAUUAGGGAGCUUCAGGGCCAGAUUUUGAAGCAGUGGGAAGAAUAUUCUAUCUUGGCAUGGGUUGAUGGAAAUCACAAUCUUCUGAUAAAGCUUUCUCUGGAAGAGGAAAACUAUCUUAUUCAGUUGAAGUGUGAAAACCUUCAACAAAAAUUAGAACAUAUGGACACAGAAAAUAAAGAACUUGAGAAGAAGCUGGCAAAUCAAGAAGAAUGUCUUAAGCACAGCAAUCUUAAGUUUAAAGAGAAAUCUGCAGAAUAUACAGCAUUGGCCAGACAACUGGAAGCCGCUUUAGAAGAAGGAAGACAAAAGGUUGCUGAAGAAAUAGAGAAAAUGUCAUCUAGAGAGAGUGCUUUACAAAUUAAAAUAUUAGAUCUGGAAACUGAGCUUAGAAAGAAAAAUGAAGAACAAAAUCAACUUGUUUGCAAAAUGAACAGUGAUCCAAAGACUCCAUGAAAUCUAUUUUUUUUAUUCCCAAGUGUCUAAAAAGUUGAAAACCUAAAAGAUUCAAGAGUUAAAUGAUUUUUGACAUGCACAAUUUGAUUUUAUUGCCAUCAAAAGUUUCAUGACAACUUAAUCAGAACAAAACAUUGAUCACCUUUAAUUUAGCACAGGUCUUCCAUUUAUUUCUAAACUUUUUUUUAACUCACCGUUUGACUUUCUGAUAUUGUAAAAUAUGUGUGCUAUUUUUUGUGUAAUUGAAGCCUCUGAAAAAAUAAAUGAGGUGGGUUUUGCUGUAAUGUCCUUAGUACUUGGCUAAAGCUAGUAAAAUAAAUAGAUCCCAUUCACAAUUGCUACAAAGAGAAUAAAAUACCUAGGAAUCCAAAUUACAAGGGAUGUGAAGGACCUCUUCAAGGAGAACUACAAACCACUGCUUAAGGAAAUAAGAGAGGACACAAACAAAUGGAAAAACAUUCCAUGCUUAUGAAUAAGACGAAUCAAGAUCAUGAAAAUGGCCAUACUCCCCAAAGUAAUUGAUAGAUUCAGUGCUAUCCCCAUCAAGCUACCAUUGACUUUCUUUACAGAAUUAGAAAAAACUACUUCAAAUUUCACAUGGAACCAAAAAAGAGCCCACAUAACCAAGACAGUCCUAAGCAAAAAGAACAAAGCUGUAGGCAUCACGCUACCUAACUUCAAACUAUACUACAAGGCUACAGUAACCAAAAUAGCAUAGUAAUGGUGCCAAAACAGAUAUAUAGACCAAUGGAACAGAACAGAGACCUCAGAAGUAACACCACAAAUCUACAACCAUCUGAUGUUUGACAAACCUGACAAAAACAAGCAAUGGGGAAAGGAUUCCCUAUUUAAUAAAUGGUGUUGGGAAAACUGGCUAGCCAUAUGCAGUAAACUGAAACUGGAUCCCUUCCUUACACCUUAUACAAAAAUUAACUCAAGAUGGAUUAAAGACUUAAAUGUAAGACCUAAAACCAUAAAAACCCUAGAAGAAAACCUAGGCAAUACCAUUCAGGACAUAGGCAUGGACAAAGACUUCAUGACUAAAACACCAAAAGUAAUGGCAAUAAAAGCCAAAAUUGACAAAUGGGAUCUAAUUAAACUAAAGAGCUUCUGCACAGCAAAAGAAACUAUCAUCAGAAUGAACAUGCAACCGACAGAAUGGGAGAAAAUUUUUGCAAUCUUUCUAUCUGACAAAGGGCCAAUAUCCAGAAUCUACAAAGAACUUAAAUUUACAAGAAAAAAACAACCCCAUCAAAAAGUGGGCAAAAAAUAUGAACAGACACUUCUCAACAGAAGACAUUUAGGCAGCCAAAAAACAUAUGAAAAAAAGCUCAUCAUCACUGGUCAUUUAGAGAAAUGCAAAUCAAAACUACAGUGAGAUACCAUCUCACACCAAUUAGAAUGGCAAUCAUUAAAAAGUCAGGAAACAACAGAUGCUGGAGAGGAUGUGGAGAAAUAGGAUGCUUUUACACUGUUGGUGGGAGUGUAAAUUAGUUCAGCCACUGUGGAAGACAGUGUGGUGAUUCCUCAAGGAUCUAGAACCAGAAAUACCAUUUAACCCAGCAAUCCUAUUACUGGGUAUAUACCCAAAGGAUUAUAAAUCAUUCUACUAUAAAAACACAUGCACACAUAUGUUUAUUGUGGCACUAUUCACAAUAGCAAAGACUUGGAGCCAACCCAAAUGCCCAUCAAUGAUAGACUGAAUAAAGAAAAUGUGGCACAUACACACCAUGGAAUACUAUGCAGCCAUAAAAAAGGAUGAGUUCACGUCCUUUGCAGGGACGUGGAUGAAGCUGGAAACCAUCAUUCUCAGCAAACUAACACAAGAACAGAAAACCAAACACCGCAUGUUCUCAUAAGUGGGAGUUGAACAAUGAGAACACAUGGAUAUGGGGCAGGGAACAUCACACACCAGGGCCUGUCAGGGUGUGGGGGGCUAGGGGAGGGAUAGCAUUAGUAGAAAUACCUAAUGUAGAUGACGGGUUGAUGAGUGCAGUGAACCACCAUGGCAUGUGUAUACCUAUGUAACCAACCUGUACGUUCUGUACGUGUAUCCCAGAAUUUAAAGUAUAAUAAAGAAAAAUUAAAAAAUAAAGAUCUGAUGUUUUGUUAAACCUGAUAAUUUUUGUACUAGUAAAAUUCUAGAAUUCUAAGCAUAGAUUUAAACAUUGCUGAAAAAUGAGUUUGUGUGUUUUAUGCCUUCCAGGGAACAGUUAAGUGGGCAGUAUUUAUUUAAUAUACCUGCUUCAGCCCCAUUUGAAUUGUAAGCAUUCUGAAAGCAUAGUCGUCUAUAUCCCUGGUGUCUCUCACAGUGCCCUGCUCACCUGCAGGCCUUUUUGUAUUUUCUGUCCAAGUACCCUAAUGGGGUGGUGCAGAACGGAUGUACAGAUCUGAGGAUGACCUCAGCAGCUUAAUCCAAGGCACCCCUCCUGAAGCCUGAAAUGUCUUUGAAGUCUUAUGUAUUAACCUAAAAUCCAUUGACAUUUUACAUUCUACCCUACAAAAUAAGUAUGUGUUACUAUUUUUCUUUCCAAAUUGUUGAGUAAAACUCAUUGUAUUCAUCCUGUGACUUUGUACUGUCCGGCCUAGCUCAUUGUUUUUUACCUGCCCCAUUUCCUGAGCUGGGCAUUGCUCAGUUUCAGAAGGUAUCAGGUGUCAUUGAACACCUGAUAUGAAGGAUGUAAAAUUUCUCUCUUUUCUAUCUAGGUGUCUAUAUUUGAAUUGGAAGCUAGAUGAUAUUUGCAACCUGUCUUUAUCUAAAGCAUUGUCAGUGAACUCACCUACUUAGGAAUUCAUAUGCACCUUAGUUAAAAAAAAAUGUAUUGAGGUUUAAAAUUUUUUCCUCAAGAACCACUGUAAUAUGAAGAAUUCUUUUUAUUUUUAAAGGGAUUCUAAAAAUAAAGUGUUCACAUUAUCAAAACUAGAAUUCUAUCAACUUUUAAGACAUUUAAUUAUUUUGGAAUAAAAUGUGAAUUUUUAGACAGAAAAUGGCAAAAACUAGUAUGAAAAUAUAUCAUGUUACAUGUGAAAUUAUGACAGUUGUUAAAGAACCUAUUAAGUUAAUCAUGUUAAGUAUGUAAUAAUUUGGGGCUAAAUGAAUGUGUAUUAUAAAUUAUAUCAGUGAAGAUCAACCAUGUGUGCUUUAAUUAUUAAUUUUAAAGAAGAGUGAGCUCUAAGAAUGAACACAUCAGAUGUGAGUAUUCUUUUAAAAAAUCAAAAAAUUAUCUAGUUAUUGUAUAUCUGUUUUUAGUAUUAUGACUCCGGUCCUUUGGAAUGAAUGCUAUUAUUACUUAUUUGUAUUUUUUUCCUUUUUUCUUUAGAAAGCACAACAUCAGGAAGUGUGUUUGAAAGAAGUACAAAAUAGUCUUGAGAAGUCGGAAAAUCAAAAUGAGAGUAUUAAGAAUUAUUUACAGUUUCUUAAAACUUCUUAUGUAACAAUGUUUGAAUAAAUUGUCAAACUUAUUUUCUCUAAGUAGGAGAUUUUUAUUAUGAGUCUAAAAUGUGAUUAGGUAAAAAAAUAAAUAUACUACCAGUUACAUCUAAUACUACCAGGUGGUAGUAUUAGAGGUUUUUAUGUAAAGAUUUUUGAAACAAUUUAUCUAACUGAAACUUUAAAAUAGGAUAGUUGUUACUAUUCCUGUUUGCCGGAUAAUUCUUAUUUAUCUCUGGUUUAAUUUAUUUUAAAAUUAAAUUGGUUAGAAUAUUUUUCUCACACAUACACAUGGAAGUCAGAUUCAUUCUUUGUGAUGUUUGUAGCCACCAUUCAAUCAAGUGAAUUUGUAGUAAGUCUUGGUCAAUAUGAUUUUAAAUAAUGUAUAUAAUUGUUUUGUAUUGUGAUAUAUAAAUAUAAAAUAUUCUGAAUUUUAAUUUUUAAUAAUGGUCUAAUUACAUACUUUCUAAAGCUACUAAAUGUCUCAAUAUACUACACUUAAUAUUGUUUCAAGUAUAUGCUGAGUUGCCAUUAUAAUUUCUGUUAGGUUUUAAGUAUACAAUUUUAAGUCAUCGCUAUUAAGUACCAACUGCUAAUGACAGAUGAAAAUGUGGUCAUACAUUCUUUCCUUAUAAAGAAUAGACAUUCAGGCCAUCUUCAAUUUGUAGUCUCUUUUGUUCAUUUCAUACUAAUGAUUAUCUGAUAUUAUUAUUAUUUUAGACAUUCUAGAGCCCCUUAGUUAAAUAAAAGAUUAAAGGGGAACAGCUUAUCCCACCCUUUCCAUGGCCAACUCACAUGGGGAUGAUCAAAAUAAGCACUCUUAACAUCAAGAAGGUUUAAAAUAAGGUCUUUAGUAUUGGGAUGAAGUUUUCCAAGUUGAAAAAGAACUUGUUUGCUAUAAUCUCCCACUGUGUGUGCCAAGGCAGGAUACUCUAAAAGGGGAUGACAUGGUUUACAAAGGAUCAAGUAAUAGUGACUCCUCUCGGACAAUGACUUGAGAGCUGUUAAUUCAGAGGAACACUCAGGUCUUAAAAGAUCACUAAAAAAGGCAGGUUGUGAACUACACAGUUCCAGCCUAUGAACCGAAGUAUCUCUUUAAGGUGUUUUAUGCUCUUUUUCUGAUCAGAGAUGGGGUCUGGUCCCCUCUGAUCCCCUCACUUUUAAGACUGUCAUAUCAUCCACAGAUGCUUACUUUCUAGUGACCCAAUUUCUUUAUAGUAUUUUUCUUAAAAUAGCAAAAUACAGACUGUCAGAACUGGCCACACUUUUUACCCAACAAUUGCUAACAAGAUUAGUGUCACUUUUAAAAAAAUCUUAAUACUCAUGGUACUAAAACCAUACUUGACCCUUGCAGCCCUUUCUUUAUCUCCUAACGCAAAGGGAGCCUUAAAUGCCCACAUGAAAGCAAAGCUCUUGAGUUUUACUCACUAAACUGUAAGCUCCUUAAGGGCUGAAAUGUAUCUUAGUCAUAUAAAUAUCUGGGCACUCAGUUGAUGUUUGUGGAUAGAUGGACAGAUGUUGAAAGACGCAGGUAUUCAUAUUCCUGUUUUAGAUAUGAAAAAUGUAAGCAAAAAGGAUUAAUUACCAUGGCUGUGGUAUGAAACUUAAGUUUAAAGUUGGCAUUUAAAUUCAAGUCUGCAACAUUAAAGUUCUGUGUACAGUGCUGUUUUCCCACUGUAGCAGCAGCCCAGCAGCAGUGCUGCUAUGAUUGAUUAAGCACUUGCUAUGUGCCAGAGUUAAUAAUUCUGAUAAUAUAUUAACUCAUUUAAUUUUCAGGAAACUAAGACAUGGAAAGCUUAGGUAACUUGCCCAAGGUCGCACAGCUAGUAAGUGGCAGACAUCCGGAGUCUCUGCUCUGCUCUUAACUCACCAUACUACCUCUGUAUCCAUUUCAUAAAUAAAGAUAGUAGUUUCUUUUAAUAGUAA